AUGGCUGAUGCAAACGAAAAGGAAGAGCAUGAGAGAAUCUUCAAAAGGUUUGAUGCCAAUGGCGAUGGGAAAAUCUCGGCAACAGAGCUUGGGGAUGCAUUGAAGACUCUGGGCAGUGUUAAAGAAGAAGAAGUCGGGCGUAUGAUGAAGGAAAUUGACACAGAUGGGGAUGGCUUCAUUUCCCAUGAUGAAUUCACAGCAUUUGCCGAGGCCAACAAGGGACUUAUGAAGGAUGUUGCCAAAGUAUUUUAG